AUGACACCGCCACCUCCCGUUGUCAACACUGACAGUAUACGAGAAGCCGAAGUUCUGGGAGAGAUAGCCGUCGAAGGUUUGUACAAGUAUGGUCUCCCGUCGAUGAUUCUAUGCAUUGGUGCUACAUUCUUGAUGCGCAGGCGUGUCGCUGGUUUCACGGCGACUCGGGCUGAGCGCUUUAUCUUGUCUGCGAUGCAUUAUUACGCUGCUUCGGAUAUUGGUUUCAACCUUGGCAUGAAAAUAUACGAGCCGACAUUCGAGCAGAAAGUCGUGGAAAGAAUUCCUAACAGUGAUUACGCCAAAAUAAUACGAGAAAGCAGGCGAUUUGGUUAA